AUGCCCUUGCGCAUCACCUCUGCUCCUGUUUCUGGUGUCAAGAAAAGAAGGAAAUCAUCCAACACAGCGCUUCGCCCUUCUCCAUUUGCCGGUCAUGCUCGUCGCAAAGCUACUAGUAUCACACAGUCAUCCAACGAUGUCAAAUCCAAUGACCGCAGUGGCGGAUUUCAGGAAGAGUAUGGCCCAGGGCCACUUCCGGAUAUUGGAAUGUCACGAUACAUCCCAGAGACUGCUCCGGUAGAGGAUGUUAUUCAGGCCAUAUGCCACAUCAAGGAUAGUUUUUUCGAGGCCCUUCCCACUCGAACAGGCAUGAACAGCACCCGUGUCGCUGAGUUAUUGAAUCUUCGUCGGUCGCUGCCACCACUCGCCUCAGUGGCCCACAUCCAUACAUUACUGGAUGCACCAACGAAGGUGGAGAGAGAGAUAAUGGGCUAUGUAAAUUCUGGCCGAAUCCGUCGAUUAAUUGUUCCGGGCAGAGGAAAUGAUGCGGCUGGGUUAGGGGAUUGCUUAGUUCUCUCGGAGGAUUGGGAAAAGCUUGUGCGAGACAGUUCUAUAGAGUCCCAUCUUAAAGAUAAGUUUCUGGACGUUCUCAGUCGACUCGGCGCCUCUUUCGCUGUCCCGGAUACUUUGUUUUCUGUCCCGGAGUGCAUGACGCUUGUUGGUGCUGGCUUUCUGGUCUCCUCCCCGUCUUCGGUCAAGGGAUCUCCGGGCGUAAUAUCGCUUCCGACCUUCCCACCGCCGCCUUCAUCCGGGAACUCGUCUAGUCGGGGUGAUACCGCUACACUGGAUGACAAAGAAGGUAGCGAGCGCUCUCGAUGUCAUACAACAGCUUUGUUCCUAUCUCUCCCAAACACAGGGCCUUAUCUUCGGCUUCUAGGCGCUGGCAGAGCGCAUCUCCUCUCACUUAUUAGAAAGUCAAACUCUGGCGAGGUGCCGCUUCAUCUUCUCCGGGAUCGCUGGGAUGGGGCAGUCGAAACAGAUAAAGGUUUCAGCGCGGCGAAGAGAAUAAGAGGCGAACACGCGGGUAUCUUGCCAGGUAGAACGAAGAAAUGGAAAGAAUUAUGCGGAAUGAACUUUCGCUGGGUUCUAGAAGAGGCCCUCGGAGCUGGGUUGAUCGAGAUCUUCGAUACCGGUAGUGUUGGUCCAGGGGUACGGAUUCUAUGA